CAAGUUGAGAAGUUGUUUGAGAACUCGCUACCAAGUCCAGAACAACACUGGGAUCAGUCAAUGAAGGAUUUGCCAAGUUACAGCAGCCUUCUAUCCAUCACAAGCUUUUGGCCUGAACGCAGACAUGAUUGCUCUCAGCAGAAGAUUACUCACUUCCAUCUUCUCAGUUCAGAGGAACAAGUCAGCGUCAUUUGCAAGGUAACCACAACAGUUCUUUCACAGCGACCUGUCCUGCAGCAUCCCAAUGAACAACUACUGUACGACCCGUAUGGGAAUUUUUUUCAUGAGCAGAUCAACAAUGCCAAGGUUACCUCACGAAGAUCCGGGUGCCUCAAGCGUCGCUACCUUCUUGGGAGGGAAAUGAAAUAGACAACUAUGUCGUGACUGUACCACGCAUCGCGAACUCAGGAACGUCACAAAUCAAGAGCAGCAUUUGGAAGCAACAAAGAGGACAUUUAAACUGUGUGUACUCAGAUACAUAGCUUUGUUUCGGUUACUUAGUUAGUAGUUACAAGCAUAUGCUGCCUUGCGCGUUAGAAAAAUGUAUUAAAAUUGCCUUUGUAGUAAGCUGUGAAUUUUUAUAGGGACACGCUAUAUCAGACAUCAGCUCUGGAUUCAUGGUGUAAAAAUCUGAUACUAACACGGCAAAUUUUGAACUGUAAUUUUGAAAAUUUAAUUUCUCAUCAUGAGAAAAUUAUUAAAUUGCUUGUAAUUUGUAACAAAAGUUAUAGAUAAAACUUAACAUUUCAAGCGAAAAUGUGCUCUGGAUGUGCAAGCUAUCGUUCCUAUCUUUUUUUAGUGUGGAUGCUGACAGGACUUGUGCGUACAAAAAUUCUCUAUGGAUCUUCGGGGCAAUCUCAGAAACGGCAUUAUAUUAAUUUGCUUGUAUCUGUAUGUUGAUAUAUGCAUAGUUUGCUACAAGUGCUCUUAUUUGGGCACACCAGUGCCACACCUUACCUUUUUGGCUUCAACUUCUGAAUUCAAUUCGACUUGCCUUUUAAUAUA